AUGGCGGCCCUCGCUCGCCUGCUGGAGCGUCUCCUCUGGCCCGCUCGCAAGGAAGAGGAGGCGGAGGAGGAGGAAGAGGAGGCAGGACGCAGGGCUGUCGACGGGCCUCAACCUCUCCUCGCAACGCCGCGAUGCGUCCAGCGGCCGCACGGGGGUGUGGCGGCGUCGCGGGGCCUGCGCUUCGGGGCUAGCGCCGCGCAGGGCUGGCGAGCGCGCAUGGAGGACGCGCACUGCGCUUGGCUAGAAUUACCUGGGCUGCCCGCGGGCUGGGCUUUCUUCGCCGUCCUCGACGGCCACGGCGGGGCGAGAGCGGCACGCUUCGGCGCGCGCCACCUGCCAGGCCACGUGCUCGAGGCGCUGGGCCCCGAUCCUUGCGAGCCAGAGGGUGUGCGCGGGGCGCUGCGCCGAGCCUUCUUGAGCGCCGACGAGCGCCUGCGCGCACUCUGGCCCCGCGGCGAACCCGGCGGCUCCACGGCUGUGGCGUUGCUGGUUUCUCCGCACUUUCUGUACCUGGCGCACUGCGGGGACUCCCGCGCGGUGCUGAGCCGCGCCGGCGCCGUGGCCUUCAGCACCGAGGACCACCGGCCCCUCCGGCCCCGGGAACGCGAGCGCAUCCAAGACGCUGGCGGCACCAUCUGCCGCCGGCGCGUCGAGGGCUCCCUGGCUGUGUCCCGAGCACUGGGUGACUUUGCCUACAAGGAGGCUCCGGGGAGACCCCCCGAGCUGCAGCUCGUUUCCGCGGAGCCUGAGGUGGCCGCACUGGCACGCCGGGCUGAGGACGAGUUCAUGCUCCUGGCCUCUGAUGGAGUGUGGGACGCGAUGUCUGGUGCUGCCCUAGUAGGCCUGGUGGCAUCGCGCCUCCGCUUGGGCCUGGCCCCAGAGCUUCUCUGCGCGCAGCUGUUGGACACGUGUCUGUGCAAGGGCAGCCUGGACAACAUGACCUGCAUCCUGGUCUGCUUCGCAGGGGCCCCCAGGCCUUGUGAGGAGGCGAUUAGGAGGGAGCUAGCGCUGGACGCAGCCCUGGGCCGCAAAGUCGCUGAACUGUGUGCCUCCGCUCAGGAGCCCCCCAGCCUAAAUACAGUUUUCAGGACUCUGGCCUCAGAGGACAUCCCGCAUUUACCUCCUGGGGGAGGGCUGGACUGCAAGGCCACUGUCAUCGCUGAAGCUUAUUCUCACCUCUGCCAGGCCUCAGAAGUGUGUUGGGAGAAGGGGCAGGACGUGGCUGGGAAGCCCAGCAGCACCCAUUUGAACUCUGCCUUGGACUUGGAGGCCUGA